AAAGGCUUUUACAGAGUAGUCAAAAGGGUCAAAGUCUUUUAUAGUUCUUAAAGUCUUCUCUACGCAAUUACCAAGUCAUCUGGCGUGCUUGGAUGGAUUAAGCAACUCAAGCUUUAUAUUGGGAAGGAAGUGAGUGCCAAGACGUUGAAGUAGCAGCAGUUGAUCCUGUUGUCAUUUCUGUUUCUAAGUAGGGAGAACUCUGGAAUGGCUCGUCUCUCUUACAUUCUGUUUUUUGUUUUCUCUUUUCUUUUGCUUCUACUUCUCUGCUUGGCUCUAGAAGAAAAGAGGUUUAAUCCAAGGUGUCCUCGUUUUGAUUGUGGUUAUCUUGGCAUUAUUGGCUUCCCCUUCUCCAAUCGAACGCAUCCAGAGUGUGGGUUGCUGGUUGUAGAUAACUGCACUGAAAAUGUUCAGAAGAUUCGGUUGGGGAAGGAUGGCCAGUGGUUUUAUACCACAGGCAUCUCUCAGGAUAAUAUGGUUAAGCUUUAUGACCGUCCUGUUGAAGAGUACAAGAAUCACUGUAGGCGCGACAUAUCCUUGAAAAAAUUGAGUCUUCCCAUCUCUCCUUUUCUAUCUUUUGAUGUGCCCUACAAUCAAUCCCUGUACGAAUGCCCCCGCAAUUACAAACCCCCCAAAUAUUUCAGUUCUGCCUGCAAUAAUUCCCAACACUCCUAUAUCUACCAUAGUUACCCUGGUAAAACUUUGCCACCUUCUCCAUCUCACUGCACAGUUAUGAAUUUCCAAGUGAAAAAGACUCAAACAAGUGUUGAAUAUUCUGAUUUGUUUAUGGGUGAAUUCGCUCUGGAAGUGAAUGUAACAAAUGAAUGUUUUGAUUGUUUUUUGGCUGGAGGGCAAUGUCAAACUGAUAAUGAGGGAAAGUUCAAUUGUUCUGUAAAGCAAAGAACAGGAAACAGAAAAUCUGAUUUGAAGCUACGCCUAGGAAUAGGUUUUGGACUUGGAGGAUCUGUUAUGAUUAUGACUCUGUCCUUUUUUAUUUGGUGGCAUCGCAAGAAACAAAAAUAUAUUCCCACAUAUUCCAACUCAAGAGAUUGUUCUUCCGAUCCCUCGCCAAGAUCAGAGCAGGAAGUGGGUGGGGCCUAUUUUGGGAUCCCCAUAUUCUCCUAUGCUGAACUUGCAAAAGCAACAAACAAUUUUAGUCAUGAGAGAGGACUUGGAGAUGGCGGCUUUGGAUCGGUAUACUACGCAAAAAUUCGAGAUGGAAGAGAAGUUGCGAUCAAGCGUUUAUAUGAGCACAAUUACAGAAGAGUUGAGCAGUUUAUGAAUGAAGUUGAAAUCCUCACACGUUUGCGCCACAAAAACCUUGUGUCCCUUUAUGGCUGCACUUCACCGCACUGUCAGCAGGGUCUGCUUCUUGUGUAUGAAUAUGUUCCCAAUGGAACUGUUGGAGAUCAUCUCCAUGGUGAUCUAGUGAAGCCCGGUUCAUUAACAUGGCCUAUUCGAAUGAAGAUUGCAAUAGAAACAGCUAGUGCAUUGGCCUACCUCCAUGCAUCUGACAUCAUACACAGGGAUGUGAAAACUAACAACAUCCUUCUGGACAAUAAUUUUUGUGUAAAAGUAGCUGAUUUCGGGCUUUCCAGAUUGUUCCCCGUUGAUGUUACUCAUGUCUCAACCGCUCCUCAUGGAUCUCCUGGCUAUGUUGAUCCUGAGUAUUAUCAGUGUUAUCAACUAACUGAUAGGAGUGAUGUAUAUAGCUUUGGAGUUGUUCUGAUUGAGCUCAUUUCAUCAAUGCCUGCUGUGGAUUUAAAUAGGCAUAGACAUGAGAUUAAUCUGGCAAACUUAGCAGUAAACAGGAUUAAAAAAGGCGCAUUUGAAGAGCUGGUCGAUCCAUUACUUGGAUACCAAUCAGAUGAAGAAGUUAAAAGGAUGACAACUGCGGUUGCAGAGUUGGCAUUUCUAUGUUUGCAACAGAACAAGGAAGUGAGACCCCCCAUGGAUGUGGUUUUGGAGGAAUUGAAGAGAAUUGAAAGUGGAGAGUGGAAGCUGGAAGAUGUAAUAGAAGAGAAAGAUAAUAUUGAUGAGUUGCAGAGCAUGCAGCGGCCACAAUCACCACCAGAUUGCGACGAUCUUGCUUUGUUGAAGCACAUCAGGGUGCCAUCUUCACCCAUUUCUGUCACUGCAAAAUGGGUUAGUGCUCACACCACACCUAAUGUCAGUAGCUAAGAUUUUUGCUUUCUUGAAGCUGGAUUUCUGAGUUGGAUGGUGAAAAUAUCUCUAAACAAAACUCAUCUGCUCCUUUUUUUGGUGCCGUUCGUAGAUUUGUACCUACUACCUACAUUAUGUGUAGGUUAAAGCAAUAGGAAAGGUACAUUGUAAAUUCAUAAUAAAUGGAUAAAUGGAGAUGUUCUUUUCGUGGGCUCUGCAAUUGUUAUA